AGGUCGAGACGGUCGAGUGGUCCAGUUGCUCCAGUCUACGGCAGUCUGCGGCCUGUGCCGUUUGGGGCAAUCGACGCUGGUCUAUACGGCAAGACGACUGUGAAUACUGUGAUACAGCCCAGAUACAUCCUCACAUUUACUUCCUCUUUUAUCUCACACUUGUAUUUUACCGUAUUUCCAACUUAACGUUUUGUGAUAAGCCGUGCGUUUGUGCUCGGCAGAACCAAUUUUACAUUCCAAUUAUUCGUAUCAAUUUAACGCAGGUAAAAUAUUGUUACGUUGGAGUUUUCAUUUGACUGAUUAAUCAAAAGCAAAAGAUUGUGAUAAUGGAACUGAUGCGGCCAGACCGACCGUCUAAGUGUACAUGGAAAGUGAAUGGGGAAAAUUCGCCGCAUACGAAACAAACAAACUUCCUAAAUCGUAAGCAGAUACUACCAAACAUUCUAAGCGCAAUUGGCCAGACGCCUCUAAUUCGACUGAAUAACAUUCCUAAAUCCCAUGGGAUCAAAUGUGAAAUGUAUGCUAAGUGUGAGUUUUUCAAUCCUGGAGGGAGUGUUAAAGAUAGGAUUGCGGACAGAAUGAUUCAGGACGCGGAAGAGAAGGGUCUGAUAAAGCCGGGGUACACAAUUAUCGAACCGACCAGCGGCAACACGGGCAUCGGCCUGGCGAUGGCCGCGGCGGUCAAGGGCUACAAGUGCAUCAUCGUCAUGCCGGAGAAAAUGUCCAAUGAAAAAGCCUAUGUGCUUCGCGCUCUCGGUGCGGAGAUAGUGAGAACACCGACCGAGGCCGCGUGGUACAGCCCGGAGGCGCAUAUCAGUGUUGCCCAAAAGUUGCAAAAGGAAAUACCCAAUAGUAUCGUCCUCGAUCAGUAUACAAAUGCCGGUAAUCCAUUGGCGCAUUAUGACCAAACUGCGACGGAGCUGUGGGAGCAAUGCGACGGCAAUGUAGAUUAUGUUGUACUUGGCGCCGGUACGGGCGGAACUAUAUCCGGAAUCGGUCGAAAGCUGAAGGAACUGUCGCCUAACGUGAAAAUCAUCGGAGUGGAUCCUAAAGGUAGCAUUUUGGCCUACCCGCCUGAGUUGAACGGGGACGGCGUUGGUACCUACGAAGUAGAAGGCAUCGGCUAUGAUUUUAUACCUACAGUCCUGGAUCGAAAAGUGAUUGACGUAUGGAUGAAGACUGAAGAUUACGAGUCGCUGAAAGCGGCGCGAGAAUUGAUUCGCAAAGAGGGACUGUUGUGCGGCGGUAGCAGCGGCUCGGCACUCGCUGCGGCGUUAAAAGUCGCGAAAGAUCUGCCCGCGGAUAAACGCAUGGUCGUCAUCUUGCCGGACAGCAUACGAAACUAUAUGACCAAGUUUGUGUCAGAUCAAUGGAUGGUGGCUAGAGACUUUUUGCCAUGCGAAUCUUCGACAGAAGCGAACAAAUGGUGGUGGAACAUACCGGUGUCGAAAUUACCAUUGAAAAAGCCCAUAUUGUUAAAGGGGAUGUCGUGCCAAGAUCUCGUGGAUUUCUUGAAAUCCGCAAAUCACAUUCAGCAAUUGUUAGUAACUGACGAGAAGGAAAUACGCGUGAAGGGCGUUGUCACAUUGGACGUGCUCUUUUCUAAUUUAAUCUCCGGUUCGGUGAAGCGAACUGAUAUCGCUGAGAAAGUCAUGAUCAAGCAGUUUACGAAAGUUACAGCCUCGACUACACUCGGUAAACUGUCGCGUAUCCUCGAGAAAGAACCUUACGCCGUGGUUGUAAACGACGAUGAUGCCUUAGUCGGACUUGUAAAUCAAAGCGAAAUUUUUAAUUUUAUCACUAAGGAUGAUGAUUGCAACGUGAAAUAAUGAAACUGUACAAAAUGUCCGUCCGCAUUGUACAUAUGUGAUCAAGCAAAAUUGUCACAUGUGUGUGCAUUCAGAAAAUUAAGAUUACAUCUAAUUGCAUCAUGAGGCUUUUUCCUUCCUAAUUUUGUAUUUGAUACUAUUUUCUUAUAUUUGUAUAAAUUGAACAAAUUAUUUAUACAAAAAAAAUUAUAAAUACAAAAAAAUUGUCAUGAAAUGUAUCAAUAUGAUCUGUUUUAGAUCUUGUUUAUAAACCAGUAAUAUGGUAUUUUUUAAAUGUAUUGUUUUAUAGCAUUUAUACAUUUUAAGCAUUUAAACUUUACUUUCCAUUUUUAUAGUAAUUUUAUGAAUGUAAAUGCAAAUACAGAUGAGCAAAUAAAAAAAAAUGAAAUAAAAA